AUGGUGGCACUGGAGGACCCGGCGAGCGGCCCAGAGGAGGAGGCUGCGGCGGCGGCGGCGGGGGCUCCUCCGGGCGGGCAUCGGAUGCUACCCCUGCCCCGUUGCCUGCCAGCUCUGGCCAGCUCCCAGGCGAAGAGGUUUUCAGCCUCCAAGCGCAGGCAGCAUUUCAUCAACCAGGCAGUGCGGAACUCGGACCUCGUACCCAAGGCCAAGGGACGGAAGAGCCUUCAGCGCCUGGAGAACACCCAGUACCUCCUGACCCUGCUGGAGUCCGAUGGGAACACUCCGGGCCCAGAGGAUGGGGACAUGGCGCCCCCCGCAGCCCCAGGAAUCUUCGCUGAGGCCUGCAGCAAUGCGACCUACAUCGAGGUCUGGAACGAUUUCAUGAACCGUUCCGGGGAGGAGCAGGAGCGGGUGCUCCGUUACCUGGAGGAGGAGGGCAGGAGCAAGGCCCGGAGGAAGGGGCCUGGCCGGGCGGAGGACCGGAGGAGAGAGGACCCGGCCUACACCCCACGAGAGUGCUUCCAGCGCAUCAGCCGGCGCGUACGAGCGAUCCUCAAGCGGAGCCGCAUUCCCAUGGAGACAUUGGAGACUUGGGAGGAGCGGCUGCUGAGUUUCUUCUCCGUGUCCCCCCAAGCUGUCUACACGGCCAUGUUGGACAGCAGCUUCGAGAGACUCCUGCUUCACGCUGUCUGCCAGUACAUGGACCUCAGCUCGGCCAGUGCUGAUCUGGAAGGCAAGCGGCAGAUGAAAGUCAGCAAUCGACACCUGGACUUUCUUCCUCCAGGGCUGCUCCUCUCUGCCUACCUGGAGCAGCGCAGCUGA